UGAAACAUCGCCAUGUCGCUUCACACCAACAACCUUAUCGCGUAUAGUUUGUUUCAUACAACGUCUGUGAUUGUGCUUUUUCUAAGAGAAGCAAAAAUUGACCGGGGAUGAAUGAACCUCGCCCGCCGGACGACGCAGACGGAGACGUUGCUGACCAAAAUCGGAAGAGGCUUCUUGCGGAGUAUGGAUCAGUCCUGGAUGAGUCUCUUAUCCUCUCAAUCUCCAACGAACGGGACCUUGUGAAGGACUACGAUGAGAUUAAAGAUGUUCUGAGUCAGCUAGCCGAACCGGCACGCGCUGAAGCAGCUAGUGGGUUUGACCCCUCGGGCCUGAGUAGCGUGGCCGAAAUUGAAGGGUUGUUGCUUGAUGAGACGACGACCAGCGGCAAUGGGGUCGACUCAUCGGCCGAGUAUGCCACUACCAUCUCGGAUUUCUCUGAUCGUUCCGAGAAUCAGAGACUCACCGAGCAGACCGAUCUAAGCGAAGAUGAAAAGAUGCAGGAACUGAAGCUGGUCUUCCAGGACAGGUGGAAGGACUACAAGCUCAAGCUGGUGCUCAAGCGGUAUGACGGCAACCUGGAACGCGCGUUUGACGAGCUUCUCAAUUUCCAGUAUCUCGAGGAGGAAGGUCUCCUUCCCAAGGGUAUUGAUGGAUUCUUUGCCCCGGAUGACGAUGGGAAACCCUCCAACAGUGGAGCUGGCCGUGCGCACAAAGGCAAUGCGAAGAACAAGAAGAAGCUCGUGGCGGUAAAGUACAACGUCGUGUCGUCUACCGUGGACGAUAGCGAACUGGAGGGUGCCAAGGACUUCGUCGCUCCGACGAACUCGAGGGGCGCACGUGCAGGGCGGGCUCCUGCAGCGCAGCCGCUUGCUGCCCUUCCAGCACCAUCAGUCCGACCACUCCAGCCGCCAAUAUUGCCCCCGCCGACAAACACCGAUUUUGGUGCCUCCAGCCUACGCUCCGCCGCCGCCCUCCGCCGAAUGGGCCCCCUCGGCCGACAAGGCGCCGUUGUCUACACCGACCGUGCCAGAGAGGAGAGGAACUUGCUGAGGGCUCAUCUCUCGAGGGCGGCCGAGGCACACGUCGACCAACAGAGCACCGCCACCGUCCUUGAUCUCCACGGGGUCUUCGUUAUGGACGGAGUGCGCAUCACCAAGCAGCGGGUUUGGGCCUGGUGGAACAGCCUCGGAGAGGACCGCAAGGCGCUGGCGAAACGGGAGGGCUUCACUGUCGUUACCGGCGUGGGGAAGCACAGCGCCGGAGGGGUGUCGCGGCUGCGGCAGGCGGUCGGGGCGUACCUUAAAAACGAUGGAUGGCGUGUGGAGACGUUGACCGGCGGCUUUUAUGUGACGGGAAGGAUCUGAGGGGCGCGGGCUGACGCGCGCCUUGUGCGUACCAGCAUACCGCGGAAGUGGCCGAGCCGGCCGUACUCACGGUUUAUGGAUGGAACCAAUUCGGCUAGGGCUAGGGUCUUGUUUCGGCUGACUU